AUGAGCCAGCAGCCGCAGCAGCGGGCGCCGCGGCCCCUGUACUUCCCGUCCCUCUACGACCGCGCCGCGCCCAGCGCCGCCCCGCUGGCGGACUGCGGCCUCUGGCGGAAGCUCUUCGUGCCCCUGCGGGGGGGCGCGGCCGGGCCCCAGCGGCCCCCUCCCGGCCUGGGCCCCCCUCCUGCCGCCGCCCGCAGCUGCCCGCGCCCCUGGCCGGCCGGGCUGGCCCCCAUCCCCUACGAGCCGCUGCGCUUCUUCUGCCCCGCGGCCGACAGCGGCGCCGCCCCGCGGGGCCCCGGGCAGCAGCAGCCGCCGCCGCCGGACGGGGAGAUCUGCGAGCUGGGCAUCCGCCUCAAGGAGCUGGAGCUGCUGGCGCUGACCGGGGACGGCUCCGACCCGCAGCAGUAUAAGCUUUUGAAGGCACUAAAAGAUGAAAAAGUUCAAGGCAUAAAGACAAGACAGAAUCUGAAAAAACAGACACCUACAUCAUCAUAAGGAUUAUUUCAGUUAGCUGUUCUAUCAUUAUGUUACCUUACAGCUUUGUAAUGGACUCUGUGUGAUAUUAUUUUACUGAUUAUAUGCUAUUCAGUUAUAUUGCCAAGUUAGAAAUUUACAGUAUAUAUUCUCUACUUGGCUUUUUGUACUUUAUUUGUCCAAUACUGAAUGUGUCAAAUACACAAUACUUCUUUUUGGGUAUUAAUCUUUAUAAAAUAACUUGAAUAUUAAUAUAUGUUUGGUUUACCCUAAUAGCAGUGAGAAAAAAAGAAAAAGUGACAUCUUGCUUAUGUUUCAGGAUGAGAGCUGAUCUUGAUCACCUGGUUACAGCUUUACAAAAUUGAUGAGGUAUAUUAUUGAAGACAAAGGGGAUGGAUAUUGCCUUCCUCAGAAAGAUCAGGAAUUUAACACUGCUGGAGGCAGGAUACUAGUCCAGUGACCCAGCAUGGUAAAAUCGUAUGUUCUUAUGACAGAGAAAGCACAAUAAUUUUAAGAUACCAUGCAGUUCCCCAAAAUAUAUUAAAAUACAUACUAAGAACAAGAAACUUUUCCCCAGUGUCUCUCUGAUGUACAAUAUGAUGCAAUAGCUGAGCUUAUCUAACUCCCCACAAAAAUAUCAUCAUCACCUCCUUCCAUCCUAGCCUGUCUUGUUCCCCAGCAUGACCCAUUUCUCACUAACUGGUUCAUGGGCCUAGGACCAACAGACAGCAAUGUAAGGAUUUCAGGGUGCAGGUAGAUGAGGGUUUGCAUUAGAAGGAAGACAGCAUCCCAUUUUCCACAGUGAUUACCGUAAAGCAGUGGUUCCCAAAUUAGGGGCACCACUCGUUCAGAGAAAU